AUGGAGCAGCUCACGCAGUUUGUGUCCAAGUCGUUCCAGGGGCCCGAGGCGGGCCCCGACCCGGGCCCCGAGGAGCCCCGCAGCCCACCCAGCAGUCCCCGCAGUCUCCGCAGCAGCCCGGCCAGUAGCAACGUCAGCGACGGCGCCGCCUGGGCCCACGGCAGGCCUAACGGCGCCGCCUCCGCGUCGACGCCACCGCCAACAAUGCACGACGCCGAUACGGCGCCGACGACUGAACCACAACAAGAGAGAAGAGAGCGGCGGCCGUCUGGUGUUUGUUCUCCACACGGAGAUGCGGGACCGGGGGGCCUGGGCCCAUCUAGCAAAAGCAAGCAGCGACGGAGCAGGACCAACUUCACGCUGGAACAGCUGAACGAAUUGGAGCGACUGUUCGAUGAAACGCACUACCCCGACGCGUUCAUGCGCGAAGAACUUAGCCAGAGGCUUGGCCUUAGCGAAGCUCGAGUGCAGGUUUGGUUUCAAAACAGAAGAGCAAAGUGCAGGAAACACGAGAGCCAAAUGCAGAAAGGUGAGGACUACCAAGCAGGCAUAAUGUUAAGUCAAAGUCCUCCGGUGUCGACGCCGAUCGAGCCGUGCAGGGUGGCGCCCUACGUCAGCGUGCCAUCGCUCAGGAUCGGCCAGGCUGCCUACGACAGACUGCCCUUUGCUGCCGUGGCAGCAGCAGCGGCCGCUGCCUUCCCAGCUUUCGACAACGCUAUCCUCAGCGCUGCACACCAGUACGCAGCGGCCGCGGCCGCCCUGCAGCAUCAGGGGCAAAUUGUGCCCGUGUCGAGUGGCCCAGGGGCCCCCAGCGCCGUGCCUCCGGGUGGUGUCUCGCCGUCGAAGAGCCCUCCACUGAGCGGCGCCCAGGCCACGAGCUCGGCGCCGCCGCUGCUCUUCUGUCCGCCGCAGUAUCCGCUCGGCCUGCAGGCGGCCCUGGCCGCCGCGGCCGCCCAGCACGAGCGGCUGCUGCUGAGCAAGAACUCGAGCAUUGCAGACCUGCGGCUCAAGGCUAAGAAGCACGCAGAGGCGCUGGGCCUGCCGCAGGAGAGGGCCGCGUGAGGCCCGCGGACCCGUUUCAGAAUCUGUGAAUCUUACUGCUGGACUCGUCGCCUAGUGCACCAGGAUCUCAACAUUAAUUUUACGUUGCAUAAAGAAAUUUGUUGUUUGCGCGGAAAUUCCGCUGGACGAGCUGCGAUUGGUGUGCACGUCCGGCAAAAAGAGACAAAGUGGCGAAAAUGGAAAUAUCAAAUGCAUCUCUUUUCUGCUUAAAAAUCUUAAAAAGAAAACCGCAUGUUAUGAACAUUUUUUGUUUUCUUCGGCAAAGUUUAUUCAUUGGAAAAUGAAUAAAUAAUUUA